AUGCCUGCAACCAACAAGGAUCCAACCAGCUGGUUGACCCAUCAGCUGUUCCAGAAGGCACUCGUGCAGCACACCGCCGACCGUGCCCUGGUGGUGGAAGAUGUCCAUCUUGCGUUGCACGGAAAUGCAGCCCAGCAGUACGCCAGCAUCAUCUACCGGGCUACGGUGAGCUAUCGCAGUCGGGGAAAAACCGAAUCAAUCAAGCUGAUCGUGAAGCUGAUGGCUUCGAAGGUGAACAGCAUAGCCGACGAAUUGUCGUACGAUACGGAGCUGGCUGUGUACCGGGAUUGCGUGGCCAAAAUGGAAGCAACACCGAGCGACACAGAUGCCAAAAAGUUCAGCCCAAAAUUAAUUUACGCCGCUAGCGAACCCCAGCCGUACAUUAUACUGGAGGAUCUAACGAGCCGCCAUUAUGGGCAUAAAAACAACCUGCUGGGUACGGAGGAUGCGAAGUUGGUUCUCAUCAAGCUCGCACAGUUUCAUGCGACGUCGUACAGCUUCGUCAACAACCGGCCGGCAAUUAACAAUGGGUUGUUCAAACAGAAACCCUCGGAAGGGGUGAAGUUUAUGUUGGAAAACUUCUCCAUUUUUACCGAGGAACUGGAAAAAUGGGACGGCUACGGCAAGUACGCGGAACGUCUUCGUAAUAUUCAACCCACCUUCAUUGAACGAGGCGUUGGAAUUUACGACGGAGCUAAGAACGGGUGCGCCAUCAGCGUAAUUAACCAUGGAGACUUCCACUACAACAAUAUGCUGUUCAAGCUCGACAAUGAUCAUCGCGUAGCGGACGUCAUUUUUUACGACUAUCAACUAAGCUGCUGGACAACGCCGGCCGUGGAUUUGCUUUACUUUUUGUACCUCGUGUGCGAUCGUGAGACGCGCGAGACGAAACGGGCUGAGCUGGUGCAGCUCUACCAUCAGUCGUUUACCGACACGCUGUCCAGGGUGGGUUUCAUGGGAACUGCGCCGACGCUCCUGGACAUAAACUGCGACUUGCUCCGAGCCGGAUUCCUCGAGUUGGCAAUAGCGGUUUGUUUCAUUCCUUUCCUGUUCGCGGACUACAACCAGGCGAUCAACGUUUACAGCAAUGAGGAGGACGCCAAAGCAUACCGCCGGAAACUGUACAAUCAGGAGCAGUUUAAGGAUAUUAUUAAGCCCCUUCUGAGUCGUUUCUUGCACCAAGGAUUUCUGGACUAG